GAUCGUUUAUAUACGACUUGAGCGCGUGUCGGAGUAGCAUAUUAGGGCUUUAGUGUAUUCGUGUUUCCCGAUUUGUGCUAUCUUUUUUUGCGAUUUCGACUUCAUCAUCACCGGCAACCGCUCUUAGGAAUUCGCACAUGUCGUCAGGCUCACCAUUUCCGCCGUCAUUACUUAGUAGCCUCAAGUGGUGGGAAAAUCCAUUCAGGGAAGCACGAAACUAUGCAAACUCUAUGCUAAAGCCCGAAUUCCCCUAUUGGGCCUUAUCACUCUUGGCCCUUUUCAUCAUCAUGAGAGUCGCAUUCAUAUUUGUCUGUGCCGGCAUCAUGAUCAUACCCGUCUUUAAGGGGUCUGAUAGUCGAAAGAGGCAUUACUACUUGGUUCGAAGGGUAUACCCAGAAGGCGGGAAUGGCAUGCCUUACCUAGUGCCCAAUCGUUGUAUGAUAAUCGUUGUUUGCGAGCUUGUGACAAGUGUGUUGUAUGUGGUUCUGGGUUGCUUGAAUUACUCGUUUUACUCGAAUGUCAGCAGCCAUCAAGAUCCAAGACCGGUCACAAUGGUUUGGUUUGUAAUCGCAUGGCUUCCUUCUUAUGUAGGUAUGGUCAUGGCCACAUUUGGGCUUUGCUACGCCUGUCUUUGUGAUGUGGAUGGCACCAAGAACAAAAAGUAUUCUCGGAUUUUGACACCGAUUGUCUACAACUCCAUCUGGAUUUCGUGGUCACUCCUGGCAAUUGGUAUGAUAUCAUAUUGGGCAGUCCGCUCUGUGCAAGAUGCAAACGAGCUGCAGAUGAAUCUACAGCACACUUUUCCCUUACUAAAAAAGGCAUCCGUUUCUUGGGAUGCUCAUCACGACUUUGGAAAAGUACCCAUCAAAGCCUUGCUGAACUAUAUGGUAGUCUUGUUCAGGAAUUGGAGCCACAUGGAUUUGACACUCGUUGGGUGGGCAACAGCUUGGGCUGCUUUGGCAGGUGCCCUGGCUUUGGUAAAUCUUCUACAUCAUCUCCACACACGGCUUGACCGUUCGUGAUAAGAUACGCAAUCGUUGUCUGAACUCCAAUACGGAUAACUUCUGACAUUGACAUGGGAGCCAACAGUUUUACAUUCUUGUAGUAUGUGUAUUGCUCCGUAUGCUCAAUCAAGUAUUGAGCAUGCGUGACAUGGAUACAAUCACUGGGGAUGUACAAUGGACAUCCACAAUAUUACACGAAUUAGAAGCAGAGUUUCAGUUCUUGUUUAGAUGUUCCUUUGUCAUAGUCAUGAGCAUAUGCGCUCAAACUAUCGAGGCCAUCGGCCAGCUUCUUAUCAGUCGGCAUCAAGAUUCGUUGUAUUGCAGAAUCACAUCCACGAUCAUCUGUCAGAUCCCUGGAGUUUUCAUGGUUCCGGCGCUUCUUCUUCAAUCGUGGCGUAUGUUCACUGAGCGCUCUCCAAAUGAAUCCGAGUUUUGCAGGGUCCCACUGAAGUCUGUCACCAAGGGCGUUCCUAAAUUGACUUCACAGCUUUUGGGCUGGGAUACUACUGUGUGUUGGGAAGGUGACAAAGAUGUUGAAGAAGUGAACUUCCCAGGCCUCCGCCCAGGACGCUAUCUAAGUAUCGUACGAGCUCUAGCGUUAUUGUUCUCCUUGUUUGUCAAUUCUUAUACUUUAGUUUCAGUUAUAUGAUUUGUGUUGGUAUGGUUCUCUCAAGGAUAUAAGGAAAUUCGGUAUGAUAGCACCCGACUAUGAGGCAAGUGCAGUUUUCCUCGGAGUCUUGAGGAGAAGACUUUGUGUAGGAGCCUGCGUACAAGUGGAGUUGUUGGAGCGGGAAGCGGGAUACAAGCCGUGUGUCGCUUACAGUUCUCACCCAUUCAAGCAUUUUCUCGCUUCAAAGUCCUGCAUGAGUUUUUGUGGUGUUGCAAGAAGAGAAGCGGCUGUGUCGACCUCAAUUGAUGGAGGUGGUCUUGGCUGAUGAGCGUAGCAACGAGCAGCCGAGAGAGGGAACCUUAUCCAUGAAACUUGGUGUGUGAGCUGGAAAAGCUUGGCUGGGGACUUUUUCAACACUCCAUAUCUGUGUACUCUACAAACAAGUAUUCUUUGGAACAAAGAAAUGACUUGUGCGCCUGCUCAACCUAGACAUGCUGGUAUUUUUAAGAUUCUGUCUUGGCUCCAGAAAAGCAC